UUGCCGGGAAACAACGUGGAAACAACUUACCAAUUUUUUGUCCACUCGGUCAAUGCUUUAUGGGCUAUUUCUGUCCCCAUACUCCUUUACCUCUUGAACUGCUCAAUUCCUUUGUUUUCGACCGUGGAGGAUUUCUAGCAUAACCAGACUAUCGAUUUUCUGUCAAUGGCUUCUACUUCGACAUCUGGUCGAGGAGAAGAGGAACGCGAUCCAUUUUUGGUACUUGAACCUCCCAACAAAAAGAUCAAAUCUUCCUUGACUGCAAAACAGUAUGAUGUGUUCAUUAACCAUCGAGGCCCAGACACUAAAACAGAAAGCACGAAGAGAAGGAGGAGGAGGACAUUCAACAGUGGAAAGAAUGCCUGCAGAACGUUUCAGGAAUCAAGGGCUACGAAAUCAAGGAACAAAAUGAUAAUCUGAAGAAGCUGUGUGAUGAUGUCGUGUCUGCCGUGGUUAAGGAAAAGCAAAAGAGAAAAAUUCCUUUCCAAGUUGCAAAAUAUGAGGUGGGACUUGAUGAGCUUGUGAAAGAUUUCUACAGCCAUUGCCAGAGAAAUGGACAGAUGAGAGAUAAAAUAAUUGGCAUCUUUGGAAUGGGAGGGUCUGGCAAGACCACUCUCGCCAAAUAUUUGUUCAAUCACAAACAUUCAGAAUUUAGUGGAUCAACUAGUUUGUUUGAUGUGCGGGAAAACCAUGUCAGAGGUAAGCUGACUUCUCUGCAAAGUAAGCUUCCCAAUGAUCUGGGAUGGGAAAAAAAUCAUCAUAAUGAUUUGGAAGGAAAAAGGAAUCAGCAUAAAGCUCAGAAUUAAAGUUCCUUGUGCUUCUAGACGAUGUUGAUCAUCAGACUCAGUUAGAUGCCCUAUUGCCCACAGAUGCUCUCACUUACAACAGUCUGGUGAUUGUCAGGACCCGGGAUGAGAGGCUUCUUAUACAGACCGGAGUCAGAGUCCGUUAUAAGAUGAAGGAAAUAAAUCCACAGCAUAGCAGAGAGCUCUUCUGCUGGCAUGCGUUUCAUAGAAAAUCUUGUAAAAGUGGAUUUGAUAAUUUGGUAGACAGCUUUGUCCAAGUGUGUGGAGGAUUACCACUUGCUCUUCAAGUAAUGGGCGGGCAUGUUUUUGGCAGUGACAAAGCUUAUUGGAAGUUACAAUUAAAUGUUGCUAAGGAGGCAAGAGUACAGAAAGACAUAAAACAUAAGCUUAAGAUAAGCUAUGAUGCUCUGGAAGAGGAUGAGAAACAGAUAUUUAUGGAUGUAGCAUGCUUUUUCAUAGGGGAAGAUGUGAACAGGGCCAAAAGUAUAUGGAGGGCUUCAGGGUGGAGAGCUGAACAUGGACUUCAGACUCUCAAGGACACAUGCCUUGUUGAAGUGGAAACUUGUUUAGAUCAACUAGACUAUCCGGGUUGGAAAUGCCAUUAUGAGCCAGAAUUUAUUUUGAGAAUGCAUGACCACUUCCGUGACUUGGGGAGAGAAAUGGCAGAUAAUGAAACGAGCCAUCCUCGUCGGCUGUGGCGUCCUGAAGAUCGUAUUGAUAUCAGCGAAUUCGAGGGAAUCCAAGACACCCAUCCUGACUCCGUAGGAAAAAGUUUCAGAUGUUUCACGCAUGACCUUAUAGGUGCUGAUGCUCUUGAUAUAACAUAUUUUCUGGGGAGUUCAAAGACAUCAACUUCUUUACAAUGCCUUCAACUUCACUCUACGCAGGAAGAGUUUUCAUCUAUUCCUGAGUGGAUUCCUCUACAGAAUUUGCACACUUUAAGUCUUCAAGGAGUAUUACCUACGAUAUUGUGGCAAAGGGAUGACCAGGUUUCACUCAAGUUGAAAGAGCUAUACUGCAACUUUUAUCCUCUGACAUUUCCAGACUUAAUCAUGAUGUGCAUAUGACACAUUUAAACGAACUGGUGAGUUCGUUCGGAACGCUCAAACAUCUGGAGAAUUUGCACCUAGAAAUAGACGAGUUUGACUCAGUCUUGAAUAUCGAAUGGAAUUUGUUGCUGAAAUCUGUAAGAAAACUCACCAAUCUGAAAACUUUAAAGCUGGCAUUAUUUGCUGCUGUAGAAGGGGAAAUUGCUUUAAGCAACAGGGGAGAGACAAGUGAUGAUCGGUUUUGUAUGAGAAGCCUUGAAGCCAUAUCUCUGUGUAAGGUAGGGAACACAAGGAAGGUCUCAAUUCAUGGACAGUUCUGUCCCACCUUGAAAUCUCUUAAGCCUAGAAUGUCUUGUGCUGUUCGACUGUAAAAAGUUGACAAAAGUGUUGAGCAAUUAUAUGCCAGAACUUGAAAUGGUCCACAUAAAAUUAUGCCUGACUAUGACAGAGUUGCCAAAUUUUGGGCAUGUCAGUUGUCUCAAGAGGAUCUAUAUUAGCCGCUGUCGGGAUCUACAGGAUAUAUCAUCAAUUGAAAGAUUGAAGAAGAUCUGGAUUGCUGUAUGUCCAAAGCUGAAGAGUAUAAAAGCUAUUGAACAAUUGAAGGGGUUAAGAAGAAUCUGGAUUGAGAAAUGUCCACAGCUGGAGGGUGUAAUUUGUUUUAAAGAAAUGAAGGAGUUGAAGAGAAUCUUCCUUGGGGGUUGUCCGAAGCUGCAGAAUAUAAGGGGUAUUGAAGAAUUGAAAGGACUGAAGGAGAUGCUGAUUGCAGUCUGUCCUAUAAUAAGUGUCGUUGAAAGGUUGCAGAGAUUGCCGUCGGAGCUUACAAUUCUAGCAGGGAGAUGGGCGUCAGAUUUAAAUUUUUUUUUAAAAAUUGGGGACACAUGGACAUCGCUCAUGUCAGAUUAAAAAAAAUUGGGGACACAUUGUUUCUGUGAAUAGAUUUCUUUAGUAGGGGACAGGUAGAGGAGAAGAUCCAUUCGUUUCAUAAAACCCAGCAUUCGCUCAGUAGAAUCAUCUUCUGCGCUCUCGUUUCGGGGGAUGUUUACAUAGGGAGCGAAAUUUUGACUAGGAGGUGGGUUGAACUAGGUGAUGGUGCAUUUUUCUCUUUUCGUGACGGCGGAUGGACGAUAUGUACGUGUGUGUUUAAUGAAGAAAGGCUCUCAAAAUAUGACUCCUGGAUGCCCCAAAUUGGUGUACCAAAAAAAGGGUUUAUAAUGGGAGUGGAGGCAGGUGAAGAAGGAAAACCAUUCACAUAUUGCAAACCAUAUUUGCUCAACAAUACGUUAACAAUGGCGAAUAUUGUGACUACAGUGAAAUCGAUUAUGAUUUUUGGGCUAGCAUGCGUGAAAUGGAUUUUGAUGAUUUGACCGAGUAUGUUGAUGACGAUGAAGAAGAUGAUGGUGAUGAUGAUGAUUAAUGAUUAAUGAUGGUGAUGAUGAUGAUCUCAGCUCUGUAAAGACUAAAGAUUAAAGAGUAGCCUCUCUUCCAAAGGAAAUAGGGCAUCCAGCGCUGUUCUAACUAAUCCUCUGCUCAAUAUCAGUUCAGGUAAUGGAGGUUCUACAUUAUCUGAUGUUGUAUUGGAAGGACUAAAUCGUUCAAUGAAAGCUGGGAAAAGAGAAAGCACAAAGGUUGCAGAGCAAUUGAGGAGGAAUCCCUCAUACCACCUGCUAUACGGAAGGUAAACGAUUUACCAGAUCAGAUUCUUAUCUGUUUUUGUUUUUUAAUUUGAUUGGAUAAUUUUUUUUUUCAUAAUA